UAUGUUAGGCGGACAAAACAAAGCCCCCCAAAAGCAACGGCCUCCUGAAAAACAAAAAUCUGGGAUGCUCAACAAUUAACACAUUAACAUCGGCUCACCUCCCUACUCUAUUCCUCUUUCCAUUUUCCAGUUUGGUGUUGUAAAAAAAAGUGAAAAUGUCGGUAUCAAUGUCAAAACCUUCAAUCUCAGCUUCAAUCCCCAUCCCAAAACCUUCUAAACCAUCAUGGUCGUAUUCACAGGUGAAAAUCCGGUGUGAAUCUUCGGAUUCAGCGUCGAAGAUUGAUGUCAAAAGACCACAACCCACUUCAUUAUCUGCGGCCGGGAAGCUGAUGGAGUCGGACGCCAAAAACGGGCCAUACCCAGGUGGGAUGCCAAAGAUGGGUCCCUUUACGGGCAGAGAUCCUAACGUAAAGAAGCCGGAGUGGCUGAGGCAGAAAGCUCCUCAGGGGCAGAGGUUCGAUGACGUUAAACAAUCUCUCUCUCGGUUGAAUCUCAAUACUGUUUGUGAGGAAGCACAGUGCCCCAACAUUGGAGAGUGUUGGAAUGGAGGUGGGGAUGGCAUUGCAACUGCGACAAUAAUGUUGCUUGGGGACACUUGCACACGGGGUUGUCGGUUUUGUGCUGUUAAAACCAGUAGGAACCCGGCACCGCCUGACCCCAUGGAACCUGAAAAUACAGCUAAGGCCAUUGCGAGUUGGGGUGUGGAUUAUAUUGUUCUGACUAGCGUAGAUCGUGAUGAUUUACCUGAUGGUGGAAGUGGACAUUUUGCUGAGACGGUCCAAGUGAUGAAGAAACUCAAGCCAGAGAUCAUGGUUGAGUGUUUAACUUCUGAUUUCCGAGGUGAUUUGAAAGCUGUAGACAUUCUGGUACACUCAGGAUUAGAUGUCUUUGCUCACAACAUUGAAACUGUGAAACGGCUCCAAAGAAUUGUCAGGGAUCCUCGGGCUGGGUAUGAGCAGAGCUUGUCAGUUCUAAGACAUGCGAAGCUCAGCAAAGAAGGAAUGAUAACAAAAUCUUCUAUAAUGCUUGGCCUUGGAGAAACUGAUGAUGAGUUAAAGGAAGCCCUAGCUGAUUUAAGGGCUAUAGAUGUUGAUAUUCUCACACUUGGACAAUAUCUACAGCCUACACCACUCCAUUUGACUGUCAAAGAAUAUGUUACACCUGAAAAGUUUGCUUUCUGGAAGGAAUAUGGGGAGUUGAUCGGAUUUCGUUAUGUAGCCAGUGGGCCCUUGGUUCGAUCCUCAUAUAGGGCAGGGGAGCUCUUUGUUAAGACCAUGGUGAAAGAAAGGGCGAACAACACUGCUGCUCCAUCCAAUUAACCUUUGGCCUUCGAUUCCAUCUUGAUGGCUACCUGUGGUGAUAUGGCAAGAGCAUCGGAAGCAAUUGGUGUGGUGGUUCUAAACAGUGUAGGGCUAUUGUUACAGAUAUAAUCAUUUUCUUCAUCUGAAAAUUUAUUCAUACAACAGUCUAUUUGUUUGAUAUCUCAUAAAGAGUUUUAGUUAGAUUAAUUUAUUUUAGGAUUUUAAGUUUUAUACAGGAACUUUCAGCAUAUGCUAAAAGCUGAAAAUGAGUUUACAGACGAAGAUAUUCAAUCACUUUUACAAAGAAUGGGGAGUAAAACCAACAGAAAAGGAGCAAUUUAGGCUUUAGAAUUGUUCAUUGAUGGCAGCC